GAAGUGGUCAUGAACCCCAAACAAGUCUUCCUUUCUGUCCUGCUGUUUGGGACAGCAGGGCUUCUGCUCUUCAUGUAUUUGCAAGUCUGGAUUGAAGCACAGCACACAGGGAGAAUAGAGAAGAAACGAGACCAAAAAGGACCGUCAGGUUGGAUUCCAAUUCACUUUCUUUUUCCUAUUCCUAGAAUAAUGACUACAGGAAAAAUCCAGGAAUACAUCACCAAUCAGAUCUCCGAAGCACACAUGCCUGAAGACCUAAAGAAGAAAAGGGGCAACCUGCUCAACAUGGGGAGACCCACGUGGGUUUUAAGGAAGAGUAGCUAUUCACAAGGGGAGAAUGAAGCACCCCAGUCAUCAACGGAUAACUCAACAGAAACACAUCAAAAAGCCAAGCCUCGAGUCUUUCAGAAGCCCAUGGAGAUGAAUUGGCCACUGUUCACUCGGCCCUUAAACAAAAGUUCAAUCCAAGGCAACAAAUGGAAGAAAGCAGAUGCAACCCAAGAGAAACGAAGGUCCUUACUUUAUGAGUUUUGCAAGAAAAAUGGUGGAGUAAAGGAUCCCCAGUCCAAUCUUUUUCAUAUGGUAUCCAGGAUCUUUGUAGAAGACAAACACAAAAUCCUGUACUGUGAAGUACCAAAGGCUGGAUGCUCUAAUUGGAAAAGGGUUCUGAUGAUCCUAAAUGGGUUAGCUUCCUCUGCACUCAAUAUUUCCCAUGACACUGUGCACUAUGGAAAGCAUCUGAAGACAUUAGAUAGCUUUGACUUAAAAGGAGUAUACAUGCGAUUGAAUACCUAUACCAAAGCUGUGUUUGUUCGUGAUCCCAUGGAAAGAUUAGUGUCAGCAUUUAGGGAUAAAUUUGAGCAUCCCAAUAGUUACUACCAUCCAGUGUUUGGAAAGGCAAUUAUAAAGAAAUACCGACCAGAUGCCAGGGAAGAAGCAUUAAAUAAUGGGUCUGGAGUCAAAUUCAAAGAAUUUGUCUCCUAUCUGCUGGAUGCUCACCGUCCAGUAGGGAUGGAUAUUCACUGGGAAAGGGUCAGCAAACUGUGUUAUCCAUGUUUGAUCAACUACGACUUUAUAGGGAAGUUUGAAACAUUAGAAGAAGAUGCCAGUUACUUUCUCCAGCUGAUUGGUGCCCCGGCAGAGCUGAAGUUUCCAACCUUUAAGGAUCGGCACUCCUCUGAUGAAAGAACCAGUGCCCACAUGGUAAGACACUACUUAAAGGACCUGAGUCCGGAGGAGAGGCAGAGCAUCUAUGACUUCUAUCACUUUAACUAUUUGAUGUUUAACUACACAGCUCCACAUUUGUAA